CGGAUGCACUUGUAUAUCCGGAUUCUUCGAGCGACGCUGAACUCCACGGGUCCCGACGCUGUCGGCACAUGCGCGACGGCCCUGUUCUCUCUUCCUCCGCCUCCCCUGGCUUCCGCCGUCCGCGGAGCCGCCGCCACCGCUGCCGAGGAGUCAGGAAGUUCAACAUGGCCGCCACGGAGGCGCCGUCGCUGCGGGAACAGCCGGAGAUGGAAGAUGCUAAUUCUGAGAAGAGUGUUAACGAAGAAAAUGGAGAAGUCUCGGAAGACCAGUCUCAAAAUAAGCACGGUCGGCACAAGAAAAAGAAGCACAAACACAGAAGCAAACACAAGAAGCACAAGCAUUCCUCGGAAGAAGACAAGGACAGAAAGCAUAAGCAUAAGCACAAACAUAAGAAACACAAAAGGAAGGAGGUCGUCGACGCUUCUGACAAGGAAGGUAUGUCUCCAGCAAAAAGAACUAAGCUUGAUGAUUUAGCUCUGCUGGAAGACUUGGAGAAGCAGAGAGCCUUGAUUAAAGCUGAACUCGAUAACGAGUUAAUGGAAGGAAAGGUCCAGUCUGGGAUGGGGCUCAUAUUACAAGGUUAUGAGUCCGGCUCUGAAGAAGAGGGGGAGAUUCAUGAAAAGGCAAGAAAUGGAAAUAGGUCUAGUACUAGAUCUUCAAGUACGAAGGGGAAACUUGAACUUGUGGACAAUAAAAAUAGUACAAAAAAGCGAAGCAAAAGCAGAUCCAAAGAACGGACUAGACACAGGUCUGAUAAAAAGAAGAGUAAGGGAGGUGUUGAAAUAGUUAAAGAGAAGGCAACAAGGAGCAAGUCAAAGGAGAGGAAAAAGUCAAAAAGCCCCUCCAAAAGAAGUAAGUCCCAAGAUGAAGCCAGAAAGUCCAAGUCGCCUACCCUCAGACGGCGCUCUCAAGAAAAAGUUGGGAAGGCCAGAUCUCCUGUCGACGACAAGGCUAAAGUCGAAGAUAAAAGUAAGGCAAAGGACAGGAAGAAAUCCCCUGUUAUAAACGAAAGUAGAAGUCGUGAUCGAGGCAAGAAAUCGAGAUCCCCAGUCGACUUGAGAGGCAAAUCCAAAGACAGACGGUCACGGUCCAAAGAGAGGAAAUCGAAACGGCCUGAAGCCGACAAAGAGAAGAAGCCGGUCAAGUCUCCCUCUAAAGACGCUUCCUCUGGAAAGGAAAACAGGUCACCCAGCAGAAGACCUGGUCGAAGUCCCAAAAGAAGAAGUCUGUCUCCGAAACAGCGGGACAAGUCCAGAAGAAGUCGAUCCCCACUCGUGAAUGACAGGAGGUCUAAACAGAGCAAGUCACCUUCUCGAACCCUGUCGCCUGGCAGGAGAGCCAAGAGCCGGUCCUUGGAAAGAAAACGCAGAGAGCCCGAAAGGAGACGCCUCUCUUCUCCAAGAACACGACCUCGAGAUGACAUCCUCAGUAGGCGGGAAAGGUCCAAGGAUGCCAGCCCGAUCAGUAGGUGGUCUCCAGCUCGAAGACGGGCCAGUAGAUCUCCUGUUAGGAGGAGGUCUCGUUCCCCUCUCAGACGGAGCCGGUCUCCCAGAAGAAGAAGCAGGUCUCCUCGGAGAAGGGACAGAGGUCGGAGGAGCAGAUCACGUCUGAGAAGGCGGUCUCGAUCACGGGGUGGUCGUAGACGUAGGAGCAGAAGCAAAGUAAAGGAAGACAAAUUUAAAGGAAGUCUUUCUGAAGGAAUGAAGGUCGAGCAGGAAUCUUCAUCUGAUGACAACCUUGAAGACUUCGAUGUUGAGGAGGAAGAUGAAGAAGCCUUGAUAGAACAGAGAAGAAUACAAAGACAGGCCAUCGUUCAGAAAUACAAGUACCUUGCUGACGACAGCAACCUGUCGGUGCCGUCCGAGCCCAGCAGCCCGCAGAGCAGCACCCGCUCCCGCUCCCCGUCUCCCGAUGACAUCCUGGAGCGUGUGGCUGCCGAUGUCAAGGAGUAUGAGCGCGAGAACGUUGACACGUUUGAGGCUUCCGUCAAAGCCAAGCAUAAUCUGAUGGCUGUUGAACAGAAUAAUGGUUCAUCUCAGAAGAAGCUGUUGGCACCUGAUAUGUUUACAGAAUCUGAUGAUAUGUUUGCUGCCUAUUUUGAUAGUGCGCGUCUGCGGGCUGCUGGCAUUGGAAAAGAUUUCAAAGAGAAUCCCAACCUCAGGGAUAACUGGACUGAUGCAGAAGGCUAUUACCGUGUGAACAUAGGUGAAGUCUUGGAUAAGCGUUAUAACGUGUACGGCUACACGGGUCAAGGUGUGUUCAGUAACGUGGUCCGAGCCAGGGAUAACGCGAGGGCCAACCAGGAGGUGGCCGUGAAGAUCAUCAGAAACAACGAGCUAAUGCAAAAAACUGGCUUAAAAGAAUUAGAAUUCUUGAAAAAACUUAAUGACGCUGAUCCUGAUGACAAGUUUCAUUGUUUGCGACUCUUCAGACAUUUUUAUCACAAACAGCAUCUGUGCCUGGUGUUUGAGCCUCUAAGUAUGAAUUUACGAGAGGUGCUAAAAAAAUACGGCAAGGACGUUGGCCUUCACAUUAAGGCUGUCCGGUCCUACAGUCAGCAGCUGUUCUUGGCUCUGAAACUCCUUAAAAGAUGCAACAUCCUCCAUGCAGAUAUCAAGCCAGACAAUAUCCUGGUUAAUGAAUCAAAAACUAUAUUAAAGCUCUGCGACUUUGGGUCAGCCUCACAUGUUGCGGAUAACGACAUAACGCCUUACCUUGUCAGUAGGUUUUACCGCGCUCCUGAGAUCAUUAUAGGUAAAAGCUACGACUAUGGUAUAGACAUGUGGUCUGUAGGUUGCACCUUAUAUGAACUCUAUACUGGAAAAAUUUUAUUUCCUGGCAAAACCAAUAACCAUAUGUUGAAGCUCGCCAUGGAUCUCAAAGGCAAGAUGCCAAAUAAGAUGAUUCGGAAAGGCGUAUUUAAAGACCAACAUUUCGAUCAAAACCUCAACUUCAUGUACAUAGAAGUUGAUAAAGUAACCGAGAGGGAGAAAGUUACUGUCAUGAGCACCAUUAAUCCAACUAAGGACCUGUUGGCUGACUUGAUUGGGUGCCAGCGACUUCCUGAAGACCAACGUAAAAAAGUACACCAGCUGAAGGACUUGUUGGACCAGAUCCUAAUGUUGGACCCAGCUAAACGGAUUAGCAUCAACCAGGCCCUGCAGCAUGCCUUCAUCCAGGAGAAGAUUUAAAUGAGAUGAAGAAGCUCCAAGGGUUUGAGUAAUUAAAUACAAAGACUGAAGAAAUUUCACAGCAGUUUAUUAAUGUAUAUAAACUUAUAAAUAUUUCUCCAGCAAAUUUGAGGAAGCAUGAUAUAUUUGAAUUAACACCAAGGGUGAUAUUUCUUUUAGAAAUGUUAGUUAAUCUGUUUUGUGUCUUAUGUGAAAUCUCACUGUAGAACUGUUUUAAUCGCCAAGACUGCACAGAGAAUUACAGUGCUAAUGUAAAUGGUUGCAGUUCACAUAAAAGACAAAAGCAUCUGUUAAAAAAUGAGUAGGAAUAUGGGUGGUUGAUUUAUUUUUAGCAAACUUGGCUUCAUUGUGGUCUUCAGAUCAAUGGCCAGCGUAAAUGCUGUUUAUAUUCACGUUUUCCUAGGUGUGUGUGUGCAGGCCACAGCAGCAUGCCCUGGGCGUAGUCAGUGCCGAAGGGGCCUGUUCCUUCUUGAGCCUGCCUGCAGGGACGGUCUCCUCUUUUAAAGCAGGUUGUGUACAGCAUUCAGUACACUGAAGGUAAGCUGAACCAUCAACAUCACCGGUGUGUAAGAUGUUAUUUUACUGGAAGAGUUGACAAAUGAGGGACGUUAGCGUUGUGGCAGAAUUCCCCGCAUGUGUGAGAGCUGAUCUUGUUUUAUUUUCUGGCAUCACAGCUGUGGAGUAGGCACAGUUUCUGUUCUGUUCAUCACAUUGCGAUUGGAAGAGAACGCGCUUGAUGGGUAGAGCGCCUUCAGUGUACUGUUUCUUAGUAACUUUCAUUUUUUUAAAUCAACUUGCUAUAGACUUUAUACACAUUUUGUUAAAUACAGUUCCUAGUGACAGAAACAGUGCGUAGUUUCCUUUACUGAUAACAAAGGUUGAGGCCUAAUUCUGCAAGUCCUCAUAUUUAAAAGUUAGAUAGACAACGUAAUGAAAUUUUUAACUAUUUGUAUGUCAUUUUGAAAGUGUAUGCUUUAUGGUAAAAAGUGUUUUUCAUUUGUUCAUUGUUUUCAUUAUUUGUGAUCAUGUUGUCUUUCAAUACAGGCAUAAACCUUCCACUCUUGAACAAAGCAGCUGCUUUUUAAAAGCGGUAAUUGCUUCUUUACCUUUUAUUUCUUUUGUAAAAUGAAGCUUUUCUUUAAGGAUGUGACUUUAAAGUGUUGUCUACUGCAUAAAACAGUUGACCCUCACUUACUGUAAAGUGAAGAUUGUUCUGCUGCAUGUGGCGUGGACCAUGCAGAUUUCUGUAUGUUCUCAGUAUGCAUCACUAGAUAAUAAAGUCUUUUGUGAACAAGGCAUUGGUAGCCAUUUUUAAAAGUUUUUGUCUUCAGUGCUGGUAAGUCAGGUAAACCACGUAGAAUGAAAAGCAACCUUGCGUUUCUUCCCUUGAUUCUUUAACUGAAAGAAUUACUCGUUAAAGGUGUAAGCUAACCAGAAAUGUGUAAUUUUAUUAAUAAUUAGGAUCCUAAUUAUUUCAUCAAAAAAUUCUACCCGUAUUGUCAGCUUUCAGUGUAGUGAGGUAGUUCCUAUAGGUCGUGGGGUAGAGUCCAGGAUUUAACUAAUGUUUCUGCUGUUUUCUCACUUUUCCUUCUGAUGGUGCGGAAAGAGAACAGGAGACGGGGCACAGGCCACUCACCGCCUUCUCCAGGGUCUGAUUUGCUGAGACACCAGCUGCACCUUCUUAACAAGGUUAUUUCUGACAGCAUGUGUAGAUAAACAUUUAGCAACAGUUUAAAUCAAAAUCAUGUCAAUCAGUUUGGUUUUGCAACACAAAGGAAUUAGUAAUUUUUUUUAACAUGGUAGCAGAGAAUUUCAGAAAUGUAAUCUUUUCUGUUUGGGUGGUAAAAUAAAUGCUUGUCUCCCUGAGGAGUGUGUAAAAUAAUCAGAUUUUUAGAGGUUAACAUAAUAUUUUAAAAUUGUAAAUGGGAUUUUUUUAUUCACCCAGGCACCUAAUUACAACAAGCAUGCACAUUUUGGUGCAUUCAAGAAUGGAAAAUCAGAGUAGCAGCAUCCUUCUGGUGGGUUUUGCUCCAUUUAAAGGCAUGAAAUGACCUGCAGCCAGGAAGGUGCAGAUGCUAUCCUAGGCCAGCUCUGACUCUGCCCCCCUCUCCUUGUGGUGUAGCCGUGAACCAUGUGAACGCCAGGCGUGCUCGUCCUCAGGCGGUGAGGCCUUGUAAGCAAGGCCCACGGGUGCAGCUCUCCUGCCUGAACGAAGCGUAGCAAUUGCCCACCAGGCAGCUCUGGCGGUCAUACACGUGCUGCACAGUGGGGUGUUUCCUACUGAUGGUCACUCAGAAUAGUUACAUUGGUGUGUUUCUGGUGAUUUUUCAUGGCUUCGUUUUGUAUACUUAUUUAAGUAAGUUAACUUCCGCUAGAAACAGUUCAUCUUAUGCCUUCAAGACUGUUACGCGUUCUUGAAACAAACAAAGUCGCUUGUUACCUGUUCUUUGUGUUUUAGGUGCAGCUCAGUGGAAGAUGAUGGCUCCGGAAGACAUGAGCUAAGGUUUCUGUCCCAUAAAAGAGUUGAGAACAAAGAGCCCUCCGUUUAAUUUCUGUCUGGUGUUUCAGUUUUCAGCACGAUGAUUUAGGGUGCAUUGCCCUUUGGUGUACCGAGAGUAGUGCUCCCGUGCUCACUGUAAAGUGCUCACUCAUCACGCUUCCUGCCCCUGCCCCUUCCCUCCCCCGGAGUGAAAAGAGGCGUCAGACCUAGCCGUGUUAGCGGUGUGGACGGGGAGAUCCCACGUAGCACAUGGCUGUCAGAAUCGGACCAAGAGCAUCCAUCCGGAGGCAAUCUUCCGCCGCAGGGGGUCGUGUCUUCUUGGCCGAUCGAUGCCCAGGGACAGGAACAGGCCCUCAGUGCUGCCCAGCUCCCGGGGCGCCCACCUCUGCGGCUCACCCGCGGGGUCUGCCUAGCCAGUGCUGUUGAGGUCUUAGAAUAGGCCACGUACCCAGAGCACAGCCGUGGUCCUCCUCGAGGGGAGUGCGAGGGGUGUGCCCUAGGUCUCUGGUGUUCCGGACUCAGCACUCUCUGUUUGCCUCCAUGAGCAGUCUUGAUCCUCGCACACGGAGUGGUAUUGGAUCCCGUGGUCUCUGAGGCAGAGACCCAGAGCUCUGUGAGCCUGCAGGGUGGGGCCAGGUGGUGCGCAGUCCCCAGCAGGCGGGCGAGCCCGUGUCGGCCGCUCUCCCAUUUCUCUCAGGAAGGUUUUGCUUUAUUUCACUUUGUGGCAAAAAUGGUAUCAAGUGAUUGUGAGACUUGAGGGUCUAAGUCCUAGAAUGUGACCCACAGAGCAUAGUUUUCUCUGAAGCUGGGGGAGUGGUUGAGCCUACACAUCUUAGGAUGAUUCUUCGGGUAGACCUGUUGUCCUCCAAGAUUAAAUAAACCUUAAGACCCUCCCAGCAUGAGUUCACCUCAGUUCUUAUUAAUAGUAUCCUUCUCCUUUAUUCCCCAAUGCCUGUUCAUUCCACUCUUUUUUGCAGAGUAAUUUUUGUGUUAAAAAAAAAAACAAACCACUUUUUUUAAUCACCGUAAUUACCACUUUCUUUCCCUAAGACAUACCCAGGACAUGUCUUUGGUAUGUGGUGGAGGCAGUGAGACGUGACUUGUCCUUGGGUGCACGCCGCCUCCUCUCCACCUGUAGUUGAUCGUGGUUUCAUAGUGGAACUCUAGCUAGCUGGGGACAAAGAGAAUCUCUGCAGCAGGAAUCCCAUGUCUUCAGAUGCAGGUCAAACCGUUAAGGAAUUCCCGGAAUUCCCUUCUAAAUACUGAGACAGGAAAGAAGCCAGAUGGCUAACGUGCAGUGACUUUGUUACUGUUAGGGCAGCAUUAGAAAUCGGGCUUCCUAAAGUGUUCUCUUUUUCAUAGCAUCCUAGUUCAGAUGUGAAUUUUUAUAGAAGUGUUCAUUACAAAUUCAUUUGUUUUUUAUGUCAGUUAAUGUGCACCAAUUUGACUUUUAAAAUGCUUUCCAGUUACUUUGAUAGAUUUCAUCAUCGUGGCAUCUUUUUCUCCUUCCACGUGUAGGGUAAGGGACUGUUCUGAAGAAUCUUUCCAUUUAGUGAUCGAGAUACGGAAGCUGACCUCUGAAAAUACUCAAUAUGUAUCCUAAUUUUUCCCAGUGUCCUUUGAGUUGUAACUUGCAUUUCAGCAGCAAUGUUCCUAAUUGACCUACUAGGAAAAUGUAAUAAACACACCUCUUGUUA